UCUGAUUUCUAUGCUCAUGGAUGAUGAGGGGAGGGGAGGACAUUCUCAAGAAAACUUUAAUCUGAUUUCUAUGCUCAUGGAUGAUGAAGAGCUGGAGGGGAGAGAAUUACAAGCAGUAUCAAAUAGACCAGGGUGUUCUGGUCAUUUUACUACUAGACUUCAAGGUUGCUCACUUUACAAAAUUGGUUUUGUAGAAAGAGUUCAAAAUUCUGUUUCCUAUCUAUCAUUUGUUGUUUAUGUAUUUGGAUCAGUUUUUCAGAAAACUACUUAAUUGGAAAUUUUACCACUUAUUUUAAAAGUUUAAUCUUUGAUUCUUUUGAUACGAACAGUUCCUUACAAUUGUAUUCUAGCAAAGUGGUCUUGAGUUUAAAUUCAUGAAACAAAAUUAUUCUUUCCAAAUAAAGCUAGGGUUCAGUAGUGUGAUACAUAUUCACCUGUCUGUUUACUUUUUUUUUCUCUUGAAUCAUGAUUAUGAUCUGUUGGUAAAGUUUCCACCAAAUUCUGUAAAGAUGAAGCAACCUUUCCGUAUGCAACCUUGGGAUUCAUCUCCAGAGAUUGUCAAGAAGCUUUUUAAGGUUUUCCAUUUCCUCUAUACUUACUCUCUUGUCAUUGAUGUCUGCCCAUUCACCCUUGAUGAGUUUGCUCAAGCAUUUCAUGACAAGCUAAGCAAAUGGACUCACAACAAAGACAAGUGCACAAAGGAUGAUGAAUUGAAGGAUGGAGCAAGUUUCAUACAUGGUUUACUUUUGUGUAUCUUGUAAUGUUUCUGUUUUUCAUUUUUGAAGUAAAAAAUGUUCAAAAACUUUAUUAUGCUAGGCUUUCAAACUUAAGUUAGAAGUAAGAUCUCAUGAAGUAGACACAUUCAUGGUUUGAAUUAGUUAUUGUUUAAUGUAAUACUUAUGGUUUAUCAAUCUAUUGAGAAUUACAUUUUAUGAUUAA